GACGUAGAGACGUCGCAUGCCAUACAAACGCUGUUUACAUGUUACCAUGACGUGUGCUCUUAAACCCCCACUCGUUCUCUUCCUCUUCCCCUCCUCUUAAAUUUCUUUCCUCUCACUCGUCCCCCUCAUCAAUAAUCUCCCUCAUUCAUUCUUUCAUCCAUGGAAGACUCGAGAUCUACCACCAGGAAUCCCACUCCUCCACCUCCGCCUCCUCCUCCUGCUUCGCUUUUCCCAGACACUGCCCCGGCGGCGCCGAAGAAGCCGAGUGAGUUGUCGUCGACGUCGAGUUCCGGAUCAGACGAUGCAGGACGCGAGAGGCUCAAGAGGCACAGAGACGAGGUCGCAGGGAAGGUGAAGAUUCCAGAUAAAUGGGGUCAGGAGCAGAUGAUGAAGGAUUGGAUCGAGUUUUCUACCUUCGAUGCACUCCUGGGUUCUCACCGAAUGAUUAUUGCUGCUCGCGAUGCGCUUAUUGCCGAUGCAAGGAAAGCCAAGUCUCGCAGAUUAAGGAUACAGAGUAGUUGCUAAUUUAAAUGGCGUUAUUCCUGUAUUAAUUUCUCUCUCUUGUCCUCUCCCCAUCUAUCGACCCAGUUUCUGAACUACUCUCUCCUUUGUUUUUUUUGUGUUUUGCUUCCUGUGAUUCUUCAUCACAAAAAUAAGGGGAAAGACGUGAACGAGAGCAUUAGUAUAGUUAUUAUUAAGACCCAUGAAUAUAUAAAAUUCAUCUACGCCCAAAAUGGGUUAAUCUCCGAUGGAAUAGGAAUAGGAAUGGGAUGGACGUUACUGAAUGGCUAUUAUUUAGAUCAGAUAUUUGUUCGUAGUUUCUUCAAGCAGUCAAGUUUUAUUCGAAAUCUAGAAAUGGUCCCGUGAACUGCAUGUUCUCAUAAUUUUUACAUUUUAGUUUAGUUUGGUUUGAUCUCUCUUGUGGAGUUUCUUGAGCAAAUAUCAUAUCACCGGUUCGAAAAUUUUAUCGCGGGUGUUUUUGGCCAGAAACAACUUUAAUCUACUAUUGUAUUGGAAUAGUACUACUAAUAUACUGUUAAUUCAUCAGUAUACAUAUGAGUUUUCUUCUUUAGGCAACUUUUUUUGGUUGACUAGAUCUUACUGUUCAAUAUGA